GAACGAGGGAGCUCCGCAUCAUCUCUGGAGCACGGUCGGUCGUUUCUUUCCCCUUAGGCUAGGCUGGUUCCAACUCCGAGGACCCCCUGCCCCUCGCGGCGCUGCUAUGUCGCAGUUCGUGUUCGAGAGUGACCUACACUCGCUGCUGCAGCUGGACGCACCCAUCCCCAAUGCACCCCCUGCGCGCUGGCAACGCAAGGCGAAGGAAACGGCGAGACCGACCCCAUCACCCAUGCGGGCCGUCAACCGAUCCCACAGUGCCGGUCGCACCCCGGGUCGCACUCCUGGGAAGUCUAAUUCCAAGGCGCAGACCACCCCUAGCAAACCGGGCGGUGACCGCUAUAUCCCCCAGCGCAGUGCCUCCCAGAUGGAGGUGGCCAGCUUCCUCCUGAGCAAAGAGAAUCAGCCUGAGAACAGCCAGACACCCACCAAGAAGGAGCAUCAGAAGGCCUGGGCUCUGAACCUGAACGGUUUUGAUGUGGAGGAAGCCAAGAUCCUUCGGCUCAGUGGCAAACCACAGAAUGCCCCGGAAGGUUACCAGAACAGACUGAAAGUGCUGUACAGCCAGAAGGCCACGCCUGGCUCUAGCCGGAAGACCUGCCGCUACAUUCCUUCCCUACCAGACCGAAUCCUGGAUGCCCCCGAAAUCCGGAAUGACUACUACCUGAAUCUGAUUGACUGGAGCUCAGGGAAUGUCCUGGCGGUAGCCCUGGACAACAGCGUUUACUUGUGGAGUGCAAGCUCUGGUGAUAUCCUGCAACUGUUGCAAAUGGAACAGCCUGGGGACUACGUGUCCUCUGUGGCCUGGAUCAAGGAAGGCAACUACCUGGCUGUGGGCACCAGCAGUGCGGAGGUGCAGCUCUGGGAUGUGCAGCAGCAGAAGCGGCUCCGCAACAUGACUAGUCACUCUUCCCGAGUGGGCGCCUUGAGUUGGAACAGCUAUAUCCUCUCCAGUGGCUCACGCUCCGGCCACAUACACCACCACGAUGUUCGGGUAGCAGAUCACCACGUGGCCACACUGAGUGGUCACAGCCAGGAAGUGUGUGGGCUGCGCUGGGCCCCAGAUGGACGACACUUGGCUAGUGGUGGCAACGAUAACGUGGUGAACGUGUGGCCCAGUGCCCCUGGAGAGGCUGGCUGGGCUCCCCUGCAGACAUUCACUCAGCAUCAAGGGGCUGUCAAGGCUGUAGCUUGGUGUCCCUGGCAAUCCAAUAUCCUGGCAACAGGAGGGGGCACCAGUGAUCGACACAUUCGCAUCUGGAACGUGUGCUCAGGGGCCUGUCUGAAUGCUGUGGAUGCCCAUUCCCAGGUGUGCUCCAUCCUCUGGUCUUCCCACUACAAGGAGCUCAUCUCCGGCCACGGCUUUGCCCAGAACCAGCUGGUUAUUUGGAAGUACCCAACCAUGGCCAAGGUGGCUGAGCUCAAAGGUCACACAGCCCGCGUCCUGAGUCUGACCAUGAGCCCGGAUGGGGCCACAGUGGCAUCAGCAGCAGCAGAUGAGACUCUGCGGCUGUGGCGCUGCUUUGAGUUGGACCCUGCACGGCGGCGGGAGCGGGAAAAAGCCAGCGCGUCGAAAAGCAGCCUCAUCCACCAAGGCAUUCGUUAAAGCCCCACUCAGCACCUGUUUUUUGUUUUUGUUUUUUUUUUUUACUUUUUUAAUAAAGUCAUGUCUUCCUU